AUGGCGGCGCUCUGUGUAUGCCGGUAUGCUGGAAGGAGCUGGCUGUGGAACGUUCCCUUGGCUACACGUAGAGACUUUUGGUCUCGAUCCAGAAAAGAGAAAGAGCCUGUGGUGGCUGAGGCAGUGGAAGAAGUGAAAAGAGAACCUGUUUUGGUGUGCCCGCCCUUACGAAGCCGAGCAUAUACUCCACCUGAUGAUCUCCAGAGCCGCUUGGAAUCAUGUAUUAACGAAGUUCUGGGUUCAUCUCCUCCUAGUAAUUGGCAGGAUAUCUCCCUGGAUGAUGGUCAUGUGAAGUUCAGACUCUUGGCACAUUUAGCCAAUGACUUGGGCCAUGCAGUACCUAACUCCAGGCUUCAUCAAAUGUGCAGGGUCAGAGACGUUCUUGAUUUCUAUAGUGUUCCAGUUCAAGAUAGAUCCAAAUUUGAUGAACUCACUGCUAGUAAUUUGCCUCCCAAUUUGAAAAUCAGUUGGGGUUACUGAGCAGUUCAACGGUGAAUGCUUUGAGAUCAUUGUUACUCUCCUCACUAAGGUGGCUGACAAACUUUGUGAUAUGUUACCUGUCAUAAUUCUUCUCUAAACUUCCUCCCUCCCCUUUUUUCCUCUCCUAUAGAAGAACACAUCCCCCCCCCUUCAUGGUGUAUCAACAAAGAAAACAUUUUCAUAUCUGUUAAAGCUAUCUCCCCCCCAAUAAAGUCAAGUUUUGAUAAUUUAUGAAAGUGUUCUUAUUCUGCUGUGUAUAGUUCAUGAGAU